CCUGAUAAACAGGGUGUCGAAACAUCGACUGUCGAUUUUUGGAUCAAAACUUGACAGAAGGGGAAAAGGCAAGACAUUGUGGAAGCUCCUGAGCUGGUACAAUGAGGGGAUCAUUUGUCUUAGGUUUGUUAAUAUGCAUCGUUAAUGCGGAAGAUAUUAUACUUGGGCCCCGUGGCCCACGACCUAACAAUCAGGCAACUUCAAGAUCUUCAUGUUCAGAAGAGAAGAAAUGGCCAAUCUGUACUGAUGAUGACUUGGGGUCCAAGUGUCCUUCUGGGUGCAGAAUGCAAGGAUUAAUAGACGUUCAAAAUCAACAAAAUGAUGACCGGGUUCGAGAUAUCCGUGAGAAUUUGGAAAGUUAUUCCAAAACGUUUCAGAAUACUCACAUCACUGUGAAUAACGCUGUCAACAGAAUGAGACAUACUCUGGAAGGAGAGGAAAGAUUUGGUGACACCUACUAUCGGCAAGUAGAUCAUCUGAAUUCCAGACUUGUCAUUUUACAGAACAGGAUCAAUCAACAAAUUUAUAGAAUAAACCAACUACGAAACAGCAUUUUGAAACAGUUCACUGACAUUACAAGACUGGAGGUUGACAUUGAUAUCAAGAUACGAGCUUGCAAAGGAUCUUGUAAAAAAUCGUUCGUUUACCGCAUUGAUGAAGAAAAUAAUGCACGACUGGAGAAACAUUUUCGAUCUCUGUCCUCACUCAAAAUUGAUCUGAUUCAAUACAGAAAACCAUCACACACAUUCAAAUUGAAAACUGUAACUGAAACCUCGAACCUGUUUAAAAGUGGGCUUACAGACGGAGGAACAUAUCCUCAUUUCUGGGAACACGUAAAUACACAGGAAUUUACCCUGGAACCACUUACUAAAGAUACUGAAAGUGUUAAUUGUGAUCAAACCUUUUGUCCAACUCCACAAUCAAAUGUAAAAAUAGCGACUGAUGCACAUGGUGGAAGUGGCAUAUAUUCGGAGGGUGGUAUACAUUCUAGUGGAGAUGAGCACUCAGCAGUCACAAAAACUGAUUCAGGCCACGGUUCACACAGUACAACAUACACUUCACAUGGGUCUGUAAUUACUAAAACAGUCAUUUCAAAAGAUGGCGAAGUUGUCAAAACAGUUACAACGAGUGUGUCUGAUACUGACCCUUCCUCACUUUGGGAACAAAUAAAAGGUCAGGUUAAGGGAGUUGAUCUUGACUUAACUAAUGUUGAGAGUCAUCGGACUUCAGGCACAAAAAUCACUACAUCUAAGUCCGGUGGUCAAACAGUUCAUACAAAGUCAAUCACAUUCGGUGACGACUUAGAUGACAUUUCAAACCUCGGGGAAUACACUGAUUUUAGCAAUUUAGAGGAGAGCGGGCCAAGUGCCGCAAUGGAGGGCAUUAGUGGGUCAACAAAAACAGUUACAGUUUCUCACGCAACUAAAACACAAAGCUGGUCCAGUGGCGGUAAUGCCAAGGGAUUCGUAGAUCUCCAGGCUGCAGAUGAGCCCAGUGUUCCUGCUGGUGAAACUAUAGCCGAUGAGCAACCAAUCGCUUCGAAAUGAACGAUGAUGACAUGAAGUCAGCAUUAUAAAAGCAAACCAAGAGAAUGGAAAACUUCACAAAACGCUUUCGGCCUUUAUCAACUACUUGCUGGUUACUGGUUCAAGAAGAAAGCCUUUCCUCACUCAUUUCAAUAAAGAUAUGCUACAAUGGA